AUGAAAGCGCUAUUUUUUCAAAAACGAUUAAUCUCUUCGCCAACAACGGACACACAACCAUGGUCCAUAUACAGCCUACAAUAUCUAUUUGUAGCAGCUGUUCUGUUGAUUGAUUUUCUCAUCAUUCAAACACCAACUCUACCACUUCGAUCUUGCAUUGCUUUACUACUCAUUGUCUCUUUUUGGACACCAUAUAUCCGACGAUUCACCGUUCCUGCCUUACCCAUCUUUGCUUAUCUCCUCACUUUUUACGCCUGCCAAUUCAUUCCACUUCAUUAUCGACCCACACAUAUAUUUGUCAACCUUUUACCCACAUUAGAGAGAAUUAUAUAUGGUGCAAACCUGUCAGAACUCAUCUCCAAACAUACGCACCCUGUUUUGGAUAUUUUGGCAUGGAUUCCUUAUGGUUUGAUGCAUUUUUCAUUUCCGUUCAUUUUUGCUCUGUUGAUGUUCAUCUAUGGUCCUCCUGGGUCACUGAAAGUAUUCGCAAAGGCAUUCGGUUUUAUGAACCUUGCAGGUGUUUUGACACAAUUAUUCUUUCCUACCGCUUCUCCCUGGUAUGAGAUCACUUACGGUUCAGCACCUGCAAACUAUUCCAUUCCUGGUGAAGCUGGUGGUUUACUUCGAAUCGACAAAAUUCUAGGAAUCGAUCUCUACGGCUCCACCUUUGGAACUUCUCCUUUAGUCUUUGGUGCUUUUCCUUCUCUUCAUUCCGGUUGUGCCACCAUUGAAAUGUUGUUUUUUUCUUACUUGUUUCCUCGUUUACGACCUGCUGCAUUCUUUUACAUCUUAUGGAUGUGGUUUGCUACCAUGUAUUUGACUCAUCAUUACAUGAUUGAUCUUGUAGGUGGUUCCAUUUACGCUAUCUUAUCCUUCACCUUGGCACAAAAUUUCUUGCCUAAACUAGACCCUAAGGCAAGCACUCGUUUACACUAUCUUGGCAUUUCUCAUGACAACAAUAUUAUAGGCUUGAUAAAGGCAUAUGUAUAUAGUAUUGAGCACGCAUUCAGCGAUAAGUAUGAACAACUUCCUAUCACUAUGUUUGAUCAGCAACAAAGCGACGACGAAGCCAUUAUACUUCCCAACACCAAUGCAGCAAAUGAACAUAAAAAUGAUAUUACCAUUCCUACCACUUCAAUAACUACGGCAAACCGAGUUGUUAUUCCUAUAGCACCUACAAUAACUGGUUCUAGUCAUCACAAUGAGUAUAGUAGAUAUACUCAUAGACCUGAACCCUUAAGGCUUUUCGGUAUGAAUGGGAACAGUACUAUAAGUAACAAUAAUGAUUAUAGAAUAGCAAGUCAUUUCGCUGAUGAAGACGAGAUGGAAACUUCACCAGUUUUAUCGCCUUCCUCAUUAUAUUGUUCAUCUACUUCGGAACCUGCUUCACCUGUAACACCUAAUUCUUCCACAAGCCCUCAAAUGCAAUUCAACAAAGCCUAG